AGAAGUACCUCGGGACACCUUAAGUUAGCGAAUUAGAAUCCUUCAAACCUAACCUCAAAAGUCCUGAGUAAUAUUUCUCAUCGAUCAGUAUUCUAAACUACAAAAAUUUGUUUAUAGUUCGUCGAACGAAUGUUUAUCCCCCAAUUAUCGCCGCAGCAAUCACCCUCUCCCCCGUGUUGAACAAUAAAAUGGAAUUGCAAAAUGUAAAUGAUAAAAAAGCAUCAGUGGACAUUGGACGAGACGAACUGUUGCAGGAAACCGUGUGAUUUCCGAGUGAUUUAUCAGGGAGAUUGAUUUCGUUGACGUGGGGAUCAUUAUUCGACGCUUCAUUAGUCGACGAUAUCAUUAUCGAUCUUCGGGAUAGUCUUUAAAAGCUGAUCAUUUUGGUGCUGAUUGAGUUGAGGGCCUUGUUUCUGCUUAAUUUUUCAUCUUGUGAUAAUUGGGUCAUGGCACUGGAUGCUAUCGGCAGGGGCAUGGAUAGACUUCAGGAGAUCAACAUAAAGAUUCACAAGAGUCAUUUGACUUAUCUGCAAACUGAUGACAGCCCCUCGAAGAUUCAAAAGAGGUUAAAGUUGGAGGGUUUCAUCAAGGAGUACCUCUGUCUCGUCCCCAACGAGAGCAAAUACGUAUUUCAAGAGACAGCCCAUAUUCUCCACCGCUCGGCCUCGGCCUUGAACGACUUCAGUGGCUACCGAGCGUGCGAAGCCUGGAGUGCAAUUUCCUUGUAUGCCUCGAAUCUUCUGGCCCAGCCCUGGCGCAAAGAGUACAGGACCCUUCGCACGUACUCUGGCUACUACAAGCACGAGAUCGAGGCGAAUUUAAUCGGUGCCGAGUUGAUGUUCGAACUCAUGGGCUACAAACACACAGGCCUGGGAACCCUUACUCUAGAGGGACCCAUCGAUCCAGAUAGGGUCUCCUCGGUGAGUCGAGACGCCAUUGUCGCCUUCGUCGAGUGCCAGAUACUCAAGCAAAUAUGGGAGGCCAUCUCCAAGAACUUUAAGAUAUCGUGGUUGGAGGUUUUAGAGUUCAGAGAGAAUCACGUGGGCACACCUGACACUGCUAUCCGAGCACUCACUCAUAGGUUCUAUGAGCGACUGCACCAGAAUAGGUCUAAGGGGGACGUCUAUAGGAAUUAUCAUCAUCAGACCAUUCUGGAUCAGCUGCCUCCAACUACUGUUCCUUAUCACCUUAUACCGAAUAAUUUUAAUGGGCCUGUUAAUAUCGCUCCGGAUUACUGCUAUCCUGACGAGGGCUAUAGGUGCUUCCCGCAGUACUGUCUCCCUCAAGUUUCUAACAGUUUCUACGGAGUUCCCUCAGCGGAACCGUACUACAAUCCUCUUUAUGCCGCGCGUUUGCCCACCGAGAGACUGAUCGAGCUUGAUCCUCCCCCUGCGGUCUCGAAUUUCGACAAACCGAUCCACCGCAAGUCCCACCGAGAGGAUGAGAUCGAUCACCCGAGACGAAAUCCCGACGACGAUUACUCGAGGGUAGAGCGAAGGCCCAUGAAGACUUCGACGAGUCUCGACUCAGGCACCAGUGAGUCCUGGGACUACGUCUUCAGAUCCCUGGAUAAUCUCCGGCACUCGAAAGACAUGGGAGAGAGAGAAGAGAUCCACAAGAAGCGUGAUAAGAUAAAACGAGAUAAACACUCGAGUUUCGAGACUGAAGAGAAGACCUCGAAGGAUAAGAAGAGGUUCUCCAAGGGCUUUAGCGAGGACAAUGGCUUUAAGAAAAAGGGGAGCGUUGAUCUCUUGGAUCUGCGGGACAGCUCGGGACAGAGCGACGAGAGGUUGAGUAUACAAGAGAAGAUCAGGAAAUUCAGUCAGGGGCAGCCGAAGAACUAUCACAGGGUUGUCGAGUCUGUGAAGAAUCUGACGAUUGGAUCUAAGGAGGACAGGAGGGGCAAGGAGAACAAGUGGGAUUGCUCUACCUGCACUUUUUUGAAUUCUGCCGACAGGGACAUCUGUGAGAUGUGUAAUAAGAGCCGGAGAAAGGGGAAUGAGGACAAACCUUUGGCUAGUGGGGGCAAGGAGUGCCCCCAGUGCACUCUGGUUAAUGAAAAGGACGCUGAUAAAUGCGAGGCUUGUGAUACCAGUCUCAAGGACUCACCCACUUAUAUUUAGUCGAGGAGGUAAGAAGUUUUUAGUUUUUAAAAAUUUUGUUUGUUUGUUUGUUAGGGCUGUUUUGAGCUUUUGAGGACUGUAAAACUUUGAUAGAUGAAAAAAUCUCUCUGGAAAAAAUAUUCCCGGAAGACCAUGAUUAUUUUACUUAUGAUAAUACAAUAUUUGCGACGUUCUUCAAGUAGUCGAUAAAAUUUCCUUUAUCAUAAUUCUGAAUUACUGCCUUCCGAUGUUUUGUUUAUUAUUUACGGGAAGAUUUUUUUCCACUGAUGAAUUUCGACAAACAAAUUUUCCCGAGAUAGAUUUUUAUUAAGGGCAAUUUUUGGGGAAGUUGGGGGGUGGUUCAAAAGCGUCGGAAAUCCCCGGGGUGUAGGGGUAACUGUGUUCGAUAUUAAUCAGUUGAAGAAGGGAAGCACAGUAUUUAGAGGAUAUCAGUGGUGAAAGGGUAAAUGAAAUCAGCACUGUUUAUUUUUUAUUAUCUCUUUUUUGGGAAUUCUUUUUUAGAGGAUAGAACCCAAAAAGUAUAGAAGAAUUAAAAUCUGACUCAUUUCAUUUUGCCAUUUUCCCACUGAAAUCACUCGUCCAUAGCAUUAUUGAUUGCCUAAUGGUUUGAUACACGUGAAAUUUAGACAAUCUAAAAAUUAUAUUUCAUCGAUAGACCAUUGUUCAAUGGCUGAGAAAAAAUUGCGUAUCCAAAGUGUUAUGAAACGAAAUUCUACGUUGAAGUGACUAAUCGAUGAUUCAGUUGCAAGAAAUGUCUUGAUGUUUUCUUCCGACAUUUACUCCCAUAGUUGCCAGUUAUUUUCACAAUUUUCAAUUAUGUAUCUCCCACUUCAACGUAGAAUUUAAAAAAAAAUCACGAGUUUAUCCUGAACAAGGAGGAGAUAAUUACGGAGCUUAUGAGUUACAAUAUAUGUCUGUUAAAUAUAAACGUAAAAUAAUAUUACUGAAAUCACCCACUGAAGUUACUGUCCUCACAUUCCUAAUUUCUUCUCCUUCAAAAGAUUUUUUUUCUGUUAUUUAUGAUUUAUCCUGUGCAAUAUUACUUUAAUUAAUAUUUAAUACAAAUGUGUAAUUUUAAAACACGGGAAUAGUAUUAGAUUUCUACUUUUUACACUGAGAAUACGAAUGCUUUGAGCUAUUUAACCCACUGUUAAUCAAUUUUGAGACGUUCGAUUUUUGUUUUAAACAAAUGGUAAAAUUUGUUCUAUUAUAUAUAAUGAGUGACAGAGUCUCCCAUAGGUGAUAAGCAGAUAGUUGGAUUCAAGCACAAACAUAAUAUUGGUUUAAUCGUUCGACAAUGUGGGACUUAUUAAGAAGCAAUAUUUAUUCACGAAAUUCUGCACUGAAGUGAAAUGAUAAGAAUAUACAUAUAUAUUAAUCCACUGAAUGAGAAUUUCUAGUUUUGUUCAUUGACUUCUAGUUCUGAAUUUAUGAAAGCAUAAUGCGCACCUCGAAAUAUCUAGAUUAAUCAUGAGAACAUUGUAUUAAUACGUAACAUAAUAUUUACAAUAGUUGAAGCUUCAAUGAGCUAUAAAAGAAUAUUUAAAUCAAUCGUUUUGAAGAUUAUAAACAUAUAAACGAACUAAAAAUGUUGAUAUUUUUUCAAUCUACGUGUAGACUCCAUUUGUGUAAGGGUACGUUAGGAGGAAAUGUAAGAGGCUGUUGUAAAGAGAAUUAAUAAAUUUGUAUGAAGAUUAGUGAUAAUUAA